AUGAGCCUCGCCAGUACCGCGCCGCUGCAGAGCGGCUCCUCGAACCAGCCCGCCCCGGCGCUAGCUGAGCCGUUCGAGCCGAAGUCGCAGAAAGCUGAGAAGGUACGGACCGGGUCAACUAGAGGGGCUGCCGAGGAGGGUGCUAAUGAGCCUGAAAAGAAAAACAAGAUGCGAGGGCUGUUCGGGCUCGGCAAGAAGAAGACGGACGAGCCCGUCAAGGCGCCAUCAAGAUCAGAUCCCGCCGCCAAUGCUGCCAGUGGCACGAGCAAACAGACCAGGAACCCCCCGACACGACAAUCCACAACCUCACCCAUCCAGACGCCCUCCUCCCCGGGUCGCGGGGUCUCUUCUUCGUCCCCGAGGCUUGCGUCACCGGCCGGCAGCCAGAUAUUCGAGCGCGAUGUCCAGGAGGCCGCACAUGUACCAAACUCGCCUGCGAUCCCAAGCCACAUCAUAACCGAGAACCACGUACCGCCUGUGCUCGACGAUGCCUCCAAGGCCAUAACCGAUGACCAUCUUGACCCCGAUUCCGUCGAAAUCAUCACCCACUCGAGCCAUCAACCAGCCGCUGUCGCGGUCACCGGCGUCCCUGACCACAUGUCCAAUAGCUGGCAGGACGACCUGGCCUCUAGCCUGGCCGCCUCGGACUUCAGGCCAGUGCAUGAUCACACUGACUCUGGCAGCAAUUACGGCAGCCUGGACAACGUCGACAUCCGCCGGCUGAGCUUCAUCAGCUUCGCGGACGUGGUCCAGGCCGAGCACCAGGGCCAUGCUGGGCUGGGCGGGUCCAGGGAAUCAAUUCACCUCGCGGGUCUCACCAGCCUCUCCUCUGCGGGCGGUGGCUUGAACCGAUCACCGUCACCAAUCCGCUCGCCCGUCUCUUCGGCCGGUGGUGCAUCACCACCACGUAGCAAAACGGGAUCCCUUAGAGGUAUCGAAACAUCACCCAGCCGGAAACCAUUGGCCAGCCCGGUGUCGACAAACCUGUCCAUGUCACCGUCCAUACCGGCCAUUGGCCUUCCUGGUGAGCUCAACGUUGAAACGAUGAGUCAGGCACUCGGAAGGACGGGCUCGGGUGACCUCAACGGGAUGAGGAGCAUCCCGAUCAGCCCCGUGGAGGGGGCGCCGUCGCGUUAG